UUUUGGUGAACAGUGAAUCUUUUUUAUUGCUUUAUUUUGUGAUUUUACUCAAAUUGUAGUUCAAGUUUAAUUUCCAAAAUGUCUUUGAUAGGCCAAGGAUCGAAUUAUUAUUUUGUUAUUGUUGGUAAAAGUGAUAACCCUAUUUUUGAACUAGAAUAUACAACCAAGUCAACCGAAAAAUCAUCUGAGAAUCGUAAUUUAUCUCAAUUUAUAGCUCACUCAUCUUUAGACCUGAUUGAUGAAUCUUCCUUUUCAGCUAACAACUCUAAUAUGUACCUUAAAGUUAUCGAUAAAUUCAAUGAGUAUUAUGUUACUGCGUUCGUUUGUGCAUCAAGUACAGUAAAAUUCCUUCUUCUACAUGACGCCAAUAAAAUAGAGGAUGCAAGCUUAAGAGCCUUCUUCACUGAUAUUUAUGAAAUCUAUUGUAAAUUUACAUUGAACACCUUUUAUGAACUUCAUACUCCAAUUCGAUCAUCUGUUUUCGAGAAGAAAGCUUUGGCUCUAGCAAAAAAGUAUCUUCCUUAAACAGUAAAUUGCUUUCUAAAAUAAUGUACUCCGAAUUAAAAUAAAGUUGUUUUAUAUUUAAA